GCCUCUCUCUCUCUCUCUCUCUCUGUUGAUUCAGAUCUUACUUGAUUCUUGAUCAGCUCCUUUGUUCUAUAGCUCUCUCUCUCUCUCCCUCUCCCUCUCCCUCUCUCUCUCUCUCUCUCCUGAAUAUGGCCAUAGCAUUCACAGUGCCGAGCUUAAUCAAAGAAAGAAAGUACCCAUUCAUAGUAACCCUCUCAGUCCUCCUUAUCUGCUUCUCAAUCCUUCUCUUCACCAAUACCACUCCUUACCCGCUCUUCCUCUACUACUCCUCCCUUACCUCCCCACAUCCCUCUUACCCUACAACUCCCUCUCUUCCCAUUCUCCCCUCUCAAAACGACACAUCCGUGUUUCGUUGGACGCUUUGUAAAGGUUCCGUUGCCUUCGACUAUAUCCCUUGUUUGGAUAACUUCAAGGCGAUCAAGGCUUUGAAGUCCAGAAGGCAUAUGGAGCACAGGGAGCGGCAUUGCCCCGACCCUACCCCCCGCUGCUUGGUACCUCUUCCCACUGGUUACAGGAUCCCGCUUCCGUGGCCCAAGAGCAGGGACAUGAUUUGGUAUGAUAAUGUUCCUCACCCGAAGCUUGUUGAGUACAAGAAAGACCAAAACUGGGUGCGCAAAUCUGGUGAUUAUCUUGUUUUUCCUGGAGGUGGCACUCAAUUCAAGGAAGGAGUCACUAAUUACAUUGAAUUUAUAGAAAAGACAUUACCAGCUAUUAAAUGGGGAAGUCAAGUCAGGGUUAUAUUAGAUGUCGGUUGUGGUGUUGCUAGCUUUGGUGGAUAUUUGCUGGAUAGAAAUGUUAUUACCAUGUCAUUUGCUCCAAAGGAUGAGCAUGAAGCUCAGAUACAGUUUGCUCUUGAACGAGGAAUUCCAGCUACUCUUUCUGUCAUUGGAACACAAAGGCUGACGUUUCCAGACAACGCAUAUGAUUUGAUUCAUUGUGCACGCUGCAGGGUUCACUGGGAUGCAGAUGGUGGGAAACCAUUAUUAGAGCUCAACAGAAUUAUUAGGCCUGGUGGUUUUUUUGUUUGGUCUGCCACGCCAGUUUACCGUGACGAUGAAAGAGAUCAGAAUAUAUGGAAGGCUGUGACGGCUCUGACAAAAUCGAUGUGCUGGAAAGUUGUGGCUAAGACUGUUGAUUCAUCUGGAAUUGGUCUUGUAAUAUACCAGAAGCCUGUCUCACCUUCCUGCUACAAAAAACGCAAAGAAAAUAAUCUACCCUUAUGUGAACAGAAAGAUUGGAAAAACAGUUCAUGGUAUGUACCUCUCAGUAGUUGUGUUUCUCUGCUUCCAGUUGAUGGUAUGGGUAAUUUGAUGAGCUGGCCCAUGCCCUGGCCUGAGAGGCUUAGCAGUAAGCCCCCAAGCCUAACAAAUGAAUCCGGUGCUGAAGAAAUGUUUUAUGAAGACACAAAACGUUGGUCUGCACUUGUAUCUGAUGUUUAUUUGAAAGACCUUGCCAUUAACUGGUCGAGUGUAAGGAAUGUGAUGGAUAUGAAUGCUCGUUAUGGAGGUUUUGCUGCAGCCCUUAUUGAUCUACCUGCCUGGGUAAUGAAUGUCAUCCCCAUCAAUGUGCCAGAUACUCUAUCCGUCAUAUUUGAUAGAGGGUUGAUUGGAAUCUAUCAUGACUGGUGCGAGUCUUUUAAUACCUAUCCCCGAACAUAUGAUCUAGUGCACUCCAGCUUUCUCUUCAGAGAUCAUUCACAAAGAUGCGAUGCUGUAGAUGUAGUCAUUGAGAUGGAUCGCAUAUUGAGACCAGGUGGGUAUGUUUUGAUUCAGGACACCAUGGAAAUGAUUAAGAAGCUUAGUCCAAUCUUGCAAUCGCUGAAUUGGUCACUAACGCUCUAUGACGAUCAGUUUCUUGUUGGUAAGAAGGGUUUCUGGCGUCAAACAGUUGGAGAAACUAAAUUAUGAUCAGAGCUGAUCAUCUACAGUUAUACAAUCUUACUCGUUUUGUAGUAUUUACUAUUACUUUAUACAAGAAAGAAAAAUAGAUAGCAAUUGAGGUGGGGAGAAUUUUCCUGUUUGCUCUAAUAUUACUAUGGCAGGAUCCAAAUUCACAUCUUUUUUUCU